AUGGCCAUUCGGCAGCCGAAAUGGAAUGUAUUAUUCUGCUCGGCCCAAGAAAUACAAACGAGUUCCAAUCUCAAAAGUUUACCCCCUACCGUAGUCGCUCAUGACCUUAAUAAGCUUUCUGGAAAAAAGAGUUUUAUCCACGGCAAGAGCGUCAAAAAUCAGCGUAUAGAAUCGUAUUGGGGGCAAAUGCGACAACAUACGGUGGACUUUUGUAUACAAAUGUUCAAAUGUCUGCAAGAACAGAAUUUAUUUGAUGGGAGUGCUUACAUAUGGAAUGUUUAUACCUUUGUUUUGGUCUACUGA